CGUGCAUCCCGCGGGUUUCCGGUCUUGGUGCGGGUGCCGGAGCGGGAUGGAGCGGCGCUGAGAGGCGGCUCCGAGGCGGGGAAAAGCCUGCACACCGAGCCCCCUCCAGGCUCAAUGGGCAGCCGGAGCUGACACCUCCUCUCCCGGCAAAGAGGGACAAUGAAGCUCCUGAAACCCACCUGGGUUAAUCACAAUGGUGAGGGAGAACUGGGCGGAGCAAAGGGGCCCCCAGGAGCCACGAGAGUUGAGAACACUAAGAAAACGUUUAAUUUACCGUAAAAAAAUAGUAACACCUGUUGGCCCUUAAGGGCCAUGUGCAUUCAUUGUGGUCCAUUAAUUGAGAGGGGCCCCAAAAGUGAUGCGAGGUCACAAAGGGUCCCAGAGACCUCUAAACCCCCAUCCCCAAUUUAUAACAGUGUGCCGGUAAGGGUUACCUGGGUUUUGUAGAUCAGUAUGUGUUAUGAGUUCCUAGAAGUUUAUAAAGGGUCACAGCCUAGAGUGUUCUGUCAUUUUACAUUUCCAAUAUAACCUUUUUAUCCUGCCGGCUUAAAUAUUGGUCCCAGUGGGUCGUUUCCAUGUCUACAGGUCCUUCUGUCACUGAUAACAGAUGAUGCAACAUUUGUAUUUAAAUGCGAAUUUAGUGUUGUGUACAGCUGCCCAGUUGCAGAUUGUUUUAUUCUUAACCUCUUUUCCUUAAAUGAACAAAAAUAAUUUUCUUUUAAGGCUGGACAGUUGUUUCUUCCAGAAUAUAUAGCUCUCAAUUUAAACGUAAUGUGUAACAUAUAUGUGCAGUUACUUUGUACAAAAAAAAAAAAAAAAAGUAGGCGAUAAAAAAUAUUUAGAAUUUUCAAAUAUGGAAUUUCAGAAUAUGGAACUUAAAACAUUAUUUACAAUAACAUUUUUUCCUUAGGAACAUUCUUCCAAGCUAUAAAUAAUAACAUAAUAAUAUGUGUAAUAAGUGUUUUUCUUCUUUCAUGAAACACAGGCAAGCCAAUCUUUUCUGUGGAUAUCCACCCAGAUGGCACAAAGUUUGCAACAGGAGGUCAAGGUGUGUUUAGAGAUGAGUAAUAUGUAACAGAAAACAAAUCAUUACAUGGCACACAAUUCAAAUACAUGUUUCACUUAAGGUAAUUUAUCUGCACUGCAAUGUAACAAGUGUUACAUGCAAUUGUUACUAUAUAAAUAAAACAGGGUUCAGAAUUUCUAUUUGUUAUAUUACUAUGAGCAAGUGGAAAUUGUACCCCACCAAUAUGGCCUGGAGGGGAAAUAAGGUUUUCUGUGGCAGCAAUCCAAAUACAGGGUGGAGUAAAGCAGACAACGGAUUUUUUUUUUUCCUGACGAUCCAGAGCCAGCACUUCUGACAAUGGGACUAUGCACAACAGGUAGCCCUAUGUAUAAAUUAGCACUGCUCACCUGCUUCUCACAUUGUAAAGAUAUUACAUCCCUAAUGCUAAGCUAACCCAGCACUUUGAUGAAAAAUCAGAAAGAGUAAGUGAAUCCAUAAAAAUAUAUUAUCUUUAUUUAUUCAUCCAAUAAAAUAAAAAUAUUGUUUACUCAUAGAAUGCUCAGACUCUUGAUUAGCUUAUACUCAAGAAAGCAGGACUUCUUACACCAUCUGUUUCCACGUCGUGUUGGAUUUUGUACACCGUACGCACCAGCUUUUUUUUCUUUUUUUCCUCAGUGAAAAAGAUCGUGUUACCGCUAUCAAAAUAAACAGUUGCAAUUCUAUUGCAGGUACUUCUUGGUUUUCCAAGUGUUUUCUUAACUUGAACAGUGUUUAUAUUUUUUAGGGGAAGAUUCUGGAAAAGUCGUCAUCUGGAAUAUGCCGCCUGUCCUUAAAGAGGAAGAUGAGAAGAAUGAAAAUGUUCCAAAGAUGCUGUGCCAGAUGGACAACCACUUAGGUACCAGACAACAAGGCAAAUGGCUGCUCUGGGGGUUCAAACUCCUUGAGCAAGCUAGUGGGAAACUUUAACAUGGUGUCACACAUCCCUGGAAUAGGACUAGCCUUUUGAAGAGAGGACACAAUACGAGCAGUGCGUUAUCUUCCCCAUGUGCUGUCACAUUGGAAUGGGACUAAUCUUUGCGUACGCUCUGUUUCAGCCUGUGUGAACUGCGUGCGAUGGUCCAACAAUGGAGCAUAUUUAGCAUCUGGAGGGGACGACAAGCUCAUCAUGGUGUGGAAGCGAUCAGGGUGAGAUUAUGACUUCUAUCCACACUAUGCCAUGGCUUAUAAAAUUUAGUCAAAUGUUCAUUUAGAAUCUAGUGAGGCGUAGGAUGUCUUAUUUAUUCUGAGCACUUUUACUUACAAUUGUCAUCGUUUGAAAGUGGAGAUAUCCUGUUUUUAAAAUUCACUAAAUUUUAAACUCUAGUGUCUAACAUACUUUUAAAUAUUAUUGAUCCUUUUGUUUUACUGUGAAUUCUGCCCUGGCUGUAGCAUUUACAUGGUUUGGUGCAUUUAUGCUGGCCCAUUUAAACUGAAGUUGCUGAAAUAGAAGGUUUGUGUUGAAGACUGGGCAAUUGACAGGUUUUGGAUUUACCACUUUUACCAAUAACAUGAUUUUUUGGAAUUACUUUAGCAUAGAAUUGACUGAUACGAUUCCCUUGGUUCCUGUAAAGAAGAAAUAAGUGAUGGAUUUCUUGGCUUUGUUCCUGGGUGUUACAGUAACCACAAUUGCUUUCUGAAGCAGCGUGGUAUCUCUUGGACUGUUUACAAUCAUAUAGAAGUCUGUUUUAGUUUUCUGCUCAUUUCUCAGAUACAUUGGCCCAAGCACGGUUUUUGGCUCCAGCAGUAAACUUACCAAUGUAGAGCAGUGGCGAUGCCUUACCAUCCUCAGAAGUCACACAGGAGGUGAGUUUACAUUUUUACAUCUGUGAUUUGAGACUGCAUUUCUUAAUGAUUCAUUAUCCUUUUACUGCUCAGCUUAGUACAUGGUAAAGUUCUAUUUUCCUUUUGUACAAUAAUGAAAAAAAAAAAUAAAUAAUAAUAAAAAAAUAUAUAUAUAUAUAUAUAUAUAUUUUAAUUAUUUUUUUUAUAAUUUGUUGUGAUAUAUGGAUUUAUUCUCAGAUGUGAUGGACGUUUCAUGGUCUCCCCAUGAUGCCUGGCUUGCAUCCUGCAGCGUGGAUAACACAGUAGUUAUUUGGAAUGCUUUGAAAUUUCCAGGUAUGUAAACUUAUGAGCAUCAUUUGAGUUGCAGUUCAAUAACCUCUGUAGAGUUAUUUAGCUUUCAGUGAUUUCCUGAAGAAGUGUAUUGAUAUCCAGGUUUUGUAAUCUGGUAAGACCAUUACAUAUGUUAAAGUUUGUGGUACACUAAAAUGUAGUUUGGGGACAUGACCUGUCCAGAUGAAUCUCCUAUAAGCAGCAUAUACAAUCCAGGGAAGUUUAAAUGAACACUUCCAACACCCAAAGCACUUUAGCUUACUUUAUGUGUGAAGUGAUACCUUUUUUUCCAUUUGACAAAAGGGCAGCUUUUAAUAGCAAUUGUCACUUAAUAAUCAACCUUGUUACACUCCAUGGCUGUCAAUCAGACAAUUGGUCCUCUUUUCUCCUGAUAGUUUCGCUCAAACUCGAGGCAGGCAAUUGCUCAGAGAAUCUGCCUUGCAAAGACUUCUUCUUCAGCUGCAUUGGGAAGUCUGUGAUUGAACAGCCACAGAAAGUGGUCAAGAAGGGGGUUGGGGGGCUUGCAAAGGUUUUCAAUGAGAACGUGCUUUGCACGCUGGUUUUAGAUAUACCCCACUGUAAAUUAAAUACCUGCAUUGAGGUAUAUCUACUAAAUAGCCUUUUUUUUAAAAAAUAAUUUUAUUUGGCAGUGGAGUGACCCUUUCAAUACUCCCAAUCCGAUGCAGAUUUAAAGUGACUCUAUCCAUUUUUUUGCCCCUCCAAUACACCACUGCAUUGUACUUUUUUUGUAUGCCUUUUUUUAUUUUUUCCUUUAUUUAUUAGGCAAGAUAACCCUUAUAAUAGUAAGCCGCUAAUACAAGAGGUACAAUGUAUCAUAGCCUGAAUUGUCAAACUCUGGUUGAAAAAAGGCAUCCUAAGUAAGCGAGACCUAGCAUGAUUAGUAUUCAGUGAGUCAAUAAUGCCGUUGCAUUAUUGCGUUUUUUAACACAAAUAGUCAAUGCACUGUCGAUGUUCAAAGGUAGAAAUAGUUUUGAGAAAUCAGUUAUGAACAAAAUAUACAUUGCAAUGAUGUUCACAAGAUAUCUAACUUGUAGAACAUAAGUCUGAGCCCAAUGCUCAUCCAACACCGUCUGAUGCCUGCGCGGUGAAUGGAAUGAUGGUAUCCACAUGCUAAGCCAGGUGGUGUAGAUGUUUAUGCAGUUGGGCCAUGAAUAAUAUGACAAUUGCAAUGCCUCAAAAGUAAAGGGUGCCUUACUCUUUGGAGCCAACAUCAUUGUUUCAUUAUCUCCAUAAGACUGGUACUGGAGCAAGAUGUGUCUAACAUUUAGACAGGUUAGGAGAUAAUAGGGGAAGUUUUGUCAACUAUGUCCGGACUCUGCCUCUUCCCCUCCCACAGAACACCGCACAGGAGAUCAUUGAGGAGACCUGGCAAGAACAGCAGGACUGCUGCCAGUUAUCUUUCAGAAGGGGGGACAACGAUGACUAACAGUGCGAUAGGUGGCAAAGGCAACCUAUCGCUGGAAUGUGUGUGGAUUUAUGUCUUUCUGGUUGGGGAGAUCUCUGAUUUCUUUAAUUGUUUUUUUUAUUUUUUUAUUUCAGAGAUUAUUGCAACACUUCGUGGUCAUUCUGGCCUGGUAAAGGGACUUACAUGGGAUCCAGUGGGGAAGUACAUUGCCUCUCAGGCUGAUGAUCGUAGCUUAAAGGUCUGGAGAACGAUGGACUGGCAGUUAGAAACCAGUAUCACCAAGCCCUUUGAUGAGGUAUUCACACUUCCAAGCAAUUGUCAUGUCAGGUUUGAUCAGUCACAAGACGUAUUUGCAAUGGGAUGAACUGUGUUUGUGAGGGAAGUAAUAUAGUAACACAUUAUUUUUUCUAUCUCACGUAGUAAUGUAUGCUUGUGUUUUAAUAUUCCUUGUAAAGUGUUAUAUAACCUUCCAUGAUUCAAAAAAACAACCACCAUCCAAACAAUAGAAUCUAUGCUCUCCUCUUAGUGUGGAGGAACCACCCAUGUCCUAAGGCUCAGCUGGUCCCCUGAUGGCCAUUAUCUUGUGUCCGCUCAUGCCAUGAACAACUCUGGCCCAACAGCUCAAAUCAUCGAACGGGAUGGGUGGAAGACAAACAUGGAUUUUGUGGGACACAGGAAAGCAGUUACUGUAGUGGUAAGAGAACCAGUGAGAAUGUUUACAAAUGUCAUUCAAUUACAGACAGAUUCAAAUUGAUUCCUUUGGAUGAAAGUAAUUUCUUUUGCAAUCUUUGCCUACGCUAAUUAUCAUGAUGCACUGUUUGUCUAUGUCUCCUAUAACCCAAGUAAGCAUUUUUCAGAAUAUGCAAUUUUAAUGUAUUGAUUAUAUUUAUACUCAUCUGUGUUAAAUUCUUAUAAAAAAGACAAAAUUAAAUAUUUGAGCUAACUAAAGCUACUGCACAAUAAUGCUUGAUCAAUCUGGAAACCAAUACGACCCAUAUUAACAGGGUAUUUUAAAAAAUAAAAUGAAAUUUUUUUGAAAGGAAAUUGCCAUAUAGCUGAAUUGCUUUGUAUUGAAACUUAGUUUGCAUUAUAAACUUAGUUUUACAGCACUUUGAACCAACUAUAAUGUUUAUUUUAUACAGUCCAAUUCUUCUCAUACUUCUCAUAUUUGUGUAUAUCAGUAGGUAUUUAAAGGAAACUGGAAUUGUUUUCACCCUCAUUGCAUUGCUAUAUAUGCUAGAUUCUCCUAGGUCUUUUUAUAUGUGUAUAGUUGAUCCACAUUCUGUAUUAUUGUACUGCACAUUUCUGUACAGUUGAAUAUUAAUUAUUAAUUGCAUCCACAUUUCUGUAUACAGUACAACCAGAACUUAAUUUUUAGUAACCAUUUUUCUUCCUUUUGCUGCUGCAUUUGUAUUUGAUGCAUAUUGUCCAUAUAUUAUAAGUGAAGAAUUUUUUUUUUUUUUCAUUUUAUUAUUAUUUAAACAAGUGUUAUUUAUUUCCCAGAAAUUUAAUCCAAAAAUAUUAAGGAAGAAACAGAAGAAUGGGAGUUCAAGCAAAACCAAUAAUCCUUAUUGUUGUUGUGCUGUAGGGAGUAAGGAUCGCUCAUUGUCUGUCUGGGUGAGAGAUUCUCUGUUGCAUUUAUGUGUCUUAUCUGACUUGCAACUUGAUGUUUUGUUUUGUUUUUUUGUGGUAAUUUUCCAAGUAAGUGAGAUCAUAUAAUAUUCUAAUCCCCUCUUCAUUUGACGCUUUUCUCAUGUGUCCUCUGUACAUAUAUUCACCUCUUUUACCUUUUUGGUAGAUUUUUUUUUUUUCUCUCUCGUAUUGUAAAGUGUACUAGUGUAUGUGGAAUUCCUCCUAAGGAAAAUGUGUUUUUGUUUUUCUUUAACAGCUUACUUGUCUUAAAAGACCCCUGGUUGUAAUCCAUGAACUGUUUGAUAAAUCCAUUAUGGAUAUUUCUUGGUAAGAAAAUAUAUUUUUAUUAUCCGUGUUUUGAUUUGUACUAAAAACUCAGUUGCUUUUAUAUGUUAAAAAUAUAGAUAAAGAUACGUUAAGACUUCUCCCUCCUUCCUAACAAAGACCCAAUUUUGAAACCUCAGGUGGGGCCCAAAGGUCGCUUUUUUCCCCCCUACAAAUCCGCCUGCUGGUGGGUCUUUCCAGUGGUUCCGCUGGCAGCACCCUCUCUCUGGGGGAGGGGGUCACAGGUUCGAGGUCACGACAUCUUGCCCUUAAAGUAGACUCUGCGCGUUGGUGGCCAGGGUGUUGCCGUGGUGAGGCCUAAGGGUUGACCAGGAAAUGCAUUUAUACUGCUGAAAAUUGACUGUUCAGGAACGCACGCCCGUCGCAGGAGAAUCUAGAGUGGAACCUAUUCCCAUCCCUGCUCUUUGUGACCAUUCAACCCAACCCUGUUUGGUUUUAUUUCUAUUUUAAAAUGUUGUCAUCCAGGAGUACACUGGAAUCGAGUUACCAUAUUGCAUUCUGGUUAUAAAAGAUUGACACAUUCAAUUAUACUGUAGUGACCUGUAUAACCUGCCACUAUAUGCAUAAUUUGUGCAGAAUGUAUGGUAUAUACUUAAAGGCCAUAUAACACAAUCUGCCUGGUAAUUUAACAAGCAUAUUAUGUUUUCAAAGCCAUGCUGUAGGAUGGACUCUGCACAGAUUGUUUGAAUAAAACCUCCAUUUAUAUUUGAGAAAAUUAGUUAUACAAGAAAAAUAUUUAUUUCCUGCCAGUUUUCACUCAUCGCAAUCUUGCGGGACUUUCUAUCCACAAACCAUAUGACAUGUAACAUUGAUGGAUACUUCUUUAGAGACUUCUUCCCAUCCCAUUACAUUUCCCUCUGGGUUUAUCUACAGCUGAGACUCUGGCAAGACCAUGGAAGCUUUUAUUGUGUCCCAUUGUUUUGUGCUGAUUUUAGCUCACAACCCUUGCUCAGUCAUCUUACAACGGCUAACUGCUCUUUUUACUUCUCUUUGGUUUGCAGGACACUAAACGGCCUGGGAAUCUUGGUGUGUUCUAUGGAUGGAUCCGUAGCUUAUCUGGAUUUCUCUCAAGAUGAGCUUGGAGACCCACUGAGUGAGGAAGAGAAGGUACUUAAACCUGCACACAAUUGUAUUGUGAUUCUUCGUGAGGUCACCAAUAUGUUUACUUUGAUUACCAAUAGAAGGGUUGAAUGCAAACUGUAAAGUUUUUUUACAAUUUAUUGAGUGCUUGAAGGUAUUUUCCACAUGCACAUUCAACAGUGGAAAGAUGACGCACAAAGCCUUUCACCUUCUGCAUCUGUAUGAUUCAUGUUGUAUUCACUAACAGAAUAACAUCCUCCAAAGCAUGUAUGGUAAGAGCCUGGCUAUCACAACUGAGCCCCAGCUGUCUACUACGAUCAUUGAGAACCCAGAGAUGCUGAAAUUUCAACAGAGACAGCAGCCACUACAAGAUGGAGAGCAGAGGGUGGCUGCACCAAGGGAAUCCUCACCAACUCCCACAGUGGCCAGUAUGGUAAAUGGAGAGAGUUUGGAAGACAUCAGAAAGGUAUAGCUUGAGACUUUUACAUUUAAAACAAAAUGCAGGUGCAUCUUGAAUGUUUUGUACUGUCUCUUAUUAGUCAUGAUUCUGUGUAGUACAGAGUGUGUGUAAUGUUGGUUUCUUUAUUUGAUCGUUAUCUCCUUUAAUUCUUUAACGAUCAUACCAGCUUUAUGUCACCACACAUUAUCAUCUGUAUUUACUUGUAUUAGAAAAUAUAACAUAUCAAAACUAGAUCACUAACAAUGUUAUCAUAAAUCCUCACAUAUAAUAGUUGUUCUAAGUAUCCUUAGAAGUCCAAAGUUAGAUGUUAUUUAACUCUCUGUUAAAGUGAUACAUUAAUGUAGUGCUGUGUGGCAGAUUGUUUUGAUAUGACAGCCCCUAGUGAUUGACUAGGUCAGAGAUAAGCAAUCUUCGGCACUCCAGAUGUUGUGGACUACAUCCCCCAUAUUGCUGGCAAAGCAUCAUGGGAGGUGGAGUCCAAAAAAUCUGGAGUGCCGAAGGUUGCCUAUGCCUGGACUAGGUAUUUCCCUUAAAGUGAUCCAUUAUAGUUUUAUUGAAUAUCAUUAAUUAGAGCCUGCAGACUCUGUCCAUACUAUCUUGAUUUUUCUUAUUUGAGAUGUAAUGAAGAAUGAUAUGGUACUGUGGAAAUCCUGGUGCCCUGUGUUUUUCAUUGUCGCCUAUUCCAAUCAGUUCCUGUAGACUGUAAGCUCGUUUGAGUGGGGUCUUCUUCAACCUAUCGUUCUUAUAAGUUUUCUUGUAAUUGUCCUAUUUAUAAUUAAAUUCCCCUCUCACAUAAUAUUGUAAAGCGCUACAGAAUCUGUUGGCGCUAUAUAAAUGGCAAUAAUAAUAGUGUUUUUCCGUUUAAUUAAAACACCACAAGUGCCCACAGUUUUCAUAGAAUACAGAUGCACAUCGUAGAAUCUUUUAGUAUGCCAGCUGGACUUUGUCAAAAAAAGUCCAGGCUACAACCAAGGCAUAUACUGAUUGAACAGUAACGUUUCCAAUAAACUUAAGGAUAUACAGAUGCAAAUAUGUAUUGUAUAAUUCUUGUUGGAACACAUAAUAAACCAUUUCAAAAUUUACAACCUUUAAUAUAAUUUCAUAUGUGGGGAAUUUCAGGGACCAGCCAUCUGCUUUACCCUAUAACUAGCAUGAACAUUUUGGCAAUAAAAUACAUGAGGUACAACAAAUGCUACAGAUAUAUUUUGAAAAAAAAGUUUUGACAAUCUUUGGUGCUAGACUCUACAUAACAGAAGAGAUUAUGCUAAUAAAAUAUGUGCCUUAUGGGUUGUUGUAACUAAAAGGCAGUAUCCUGCAGUAUAAAAAAUAGUGAUCUGAAUCUUUUAUGUAUUUUUUUAGAAUCUUUUAAAGAAACAAGUGGAGACACGGACAGCAGAUGGCAGGCGUAGGAUUACCCCUCUGUGCAUCGCCCAACUGGACACUGGGUACAUACAACUUGUUGCAAUGAAGCUUAUUUAGGAGUGAAAACUCACUGUUUCAGAUUUAAAGUUUAAUAUGUGUAGGUUACAUUUUGAAGUUGAGCUACCUUUUUAAUACUCCUUCUGUAUUUGGUGGCUGUUCUAUUAUAGGGACUUUUCCACAGCAUUCUUCAACAGCAUUCCGAUUUCAGGAUCCCUCGCAGGCUCAAUGCUCUCCUCGCAGAGCAAUCAACAGCUAAUCUCCUUGGAUUCAAAUACAACCAGCUCCUUGGGUGCUCCUAAAUCGAGCUUAGAACCUGCAGGAAACGCAAAACCAGCAGAAGAGACUCCUACCAAAGAUAGGUAAAAUAGAUAACGUUUGCCAUUUUUGUCUUUUUAAUGAAACCUCUGUUUUUGCAAAUUAUAUAAAAAAUAAAUGAUCUUCCAUAAAUCUCGGAGUAGGGACUAUGACACUUUGCAAGUAUUUUGGGUCAGUCUGGACAUCAUAACCACUACAGCUAAUUUUCCUGUUGUGUUUUUUUUUUUUUUUUUUUUACUUUACAUAAUCUGAGGGCCCCUGAUGUGGCCCAACCCCUCUCGUGAAAUGUUGCUACUACUGAUGUUAUACUUUCAUAUUGGCAAUGUGAAUUUUGUUGCACAGCAAAUAGUUUAAUGCAGAACCAGGAGACAUCACUAGGGGCAUGUUGACCGCAUGUAGUAUUUAUAGUGUUCUUUAGACUGACCCAUCAAAAGUUUUACCACUGUUUGAGAGAUAUUGGUAAUACAUCUUAAACUGCAUUUCCAAUCUACUCUGUGCUCUGAAGAUAAGAGGCAGUGCAAAUGUAAAAAUCUUGAAUGACAACAUUUUCUGUACGUGAGGUUACUUUAAUGUAUCAUGUAACUGAGUACUUGUUUGUUUUGUUUUUUCUUGUAGUGGGAAUGCAUCUUCUGUCAUACCAUCUACCCCCACAGGACUAUCUUCUACUCAAGCGAAGAUAGAACCUAUGAAAGCACUCGACUCCCGAUUCACUGAAAGAUCGAAAGCCACCUCUGGAACGGCAGGAGUUGCUCAUAUAAACCAGACCUCUGCAGACAGGUUAGAUGUUAGAUUUUGUUAUCUUAACAACAGAAUAGUUCCUGGAAUCAUCUGAUUAUACACUUUUUUUUUUUUUUUUGUAGCUUCCAUCAUAUUUACUUAAGUGUCUUGUGUACGUCUUAAAGGACCACUAUAGUGCCAUGAAAACAUACUCGUUUUCCUGGCUCUAUAGGGUCUUUGGGUCCCCCUCCUGCCGGGCUCUAGGGUGAGGAAGGGGUUAAUCCCUUACCCUUUUUCCAGCUCCCUCGGCGCUGGGGACUCUCCUCCUCCUUUCCCCGUCAUCGGCAUACGCAUUCAGCUAGUCUAAUAGGAAAGCAUUCCCAAUGCUUUCCUAUGAACGCUGGCGUCUUCUCACUGUGAAAAUCACAGUGAGAAGCGCAUCUAGCGGCUGUCAAUGAGACAGCCACUAGAGGCUGGAUUAACCCAUUUGUAAACAUAAGUUUCUUUGAAACUGCUAUGUUUACAGCAGAAAGGGUUAAUCCUAGAUGGACCUGGCACCCAGACAACUUUAAUUAAGGUGAAGUGGUCUGGGUGCCUAUAUUGGUCCUUUAAAUAGACAAUCUAAGCACCAAAACAACUUAGGAGUUAAAUCACUUUGUUUUGCUUUCCUUGUUGCUCAAAGUUUUUAAUUUAGAAUUUAUUAGAUCUUGCUCCAUAAAUAGCCUGCUAGAGCAUGCAACAUCUACCUGGGUGUGAUUAACUUCAAUUAACAGAGCAGGAGUUAAAAACCUCUGAAAUAAAAAAACACCAUGUGCUGCAAGAACUGAAAGUGCUGUUUUCAUGGAAGGUGUGGCUAUGGCUGCAUAAACAGAAACAAAGUAAUUUCACUUGUUACUGGGUGACAAUUGUACAGAGAGACUGCAGGGGCAUGAGCUAUACACAGGAACUGCUUUAAAGUCCCUAUGAUCAUAAGAACAGUUUCUCAAUCCUGUCCAUUUCUAUAAUUAAUCUUGGCGUGAAGCCCUCAGUAUCUCCUUGUGAGAAUCAUUGGUCGCACAGUUAUAAAGAACCCAGUAGUCUCAUAGUCUUCUGCUUUUUAAGUUUUUCCCCAUUAACACCCUUUAUUAUGAGACAAGUCACUGAUACUCUUCCCUUCCUCCUUUUAUACAGAUUAAAAGAUCAGAAUGCUACAAAAGACCAAAAACCAAGAGACCUCCUAGAGAGCAGCAGCGACAGUGAGGAUAAGAUCCCUGCAACAAAACCACUCUCCAAACGCAAGGCAGAGAUUGACGCCGACCUUGGAGAAAAGAGGAAGAAAGGCCGACCUCGGAAAGACUCCCGGCUUAUGUCGGUCUCCCUUACAGUGCAGGUUAUUAUAUUAUUUAUUUUGACACCGAUUAAUAUACCUAUAAUUGCGUUAAAAAAUAAAAAUAUAUAUGUAUAUAUAUUUUCAUUAACAAUUUUCAAUGACUUUCCUUAAUUAUUCCAAACCGUGCAUUUUGUUCUCACAUGGUGGCAGUACGUAUGGGUUGUGCUUUCUAAUUGGGACAAACCUCUGCAAGAUAGAUGAUUAAGAAAAGUCCCUCCCCUUUAUCCUAUAAAGGACUUCCCUGGCAAACCCACCUCAGUUCUUCCUUGUCCCAGCAUGGGACGGAUCAAGCAUCUGUUGAAGGUGAGGCACACAGGUUGCUGUAUGGGGGAGGUAGCACGACAGCUGCCCAGGUGGUAGACUGAGCAGCAUGGCUCUGUCCAUGGAGGUUCCAGAGCCCUUUCUAUUUAACUUUGCGCCGAGUAUGUUCCGGCUUGGUGAGUAUGGGGAAACCGCCAAGUGCGUAUCACUGUGCUGUUCCCUCUGGCAGCAGGAAGCUUGUGAAAAGGGUUCCCUGUGUCACCAACCCCCCACAUGGCUCAGAGGUUUUCAAGGUAAGAUUAGCUGAUCUAUGCUUUGAAAAUCUGUUCUGAUUAAAAUUGCAAGUUAUGGAUGGAAUUGUUUUGCAGAAAGUGGACUGUACGUGCAAAAUAGACUGUUUGUACACCGUGGAAUGCCUCUGCUAUACACAGCUUUUGCUUAUUGUAUCUGUGCUACUCCCCUUAAUAUGGUUUUGGACUUUAUAAAUAUACGCUGCAAUUUCUUGGGUAAACUUAAGCAGAGAAUAUGCAAUCAUUCCUAUCUUUGAAUUCUUAUAGCUCUGCCUGAGAUGUUCCGCAGAGACAGAAGAGAAGCGUCCUUCGAUUACUUAUGUCUGGUGAACGUUUAUCUACCUCUUCUUAAGACAUGUCUGGUUCAUUAAACUGUGUGGAGUUGGUUCCCACCUGAUGUACUGAGAAAGUUCAUUAGGAAUGAAUCGGUCAUGGGGCAGGAUAAAUCUGCUAAACUUUAAUGAGGGUUAUCUGUUCCUCAAAACCCCAUGUCUUUCUUAUAUGCAGAAAUGGGAACACUCUGUGUAACGAGCCUUUCUUGCCCGACAUUUGAUAUGUUUACCAUCAAAUGGGUAAAUGUUACACCCCCAGGUGCACUGGGAAUCCAUAAAAUUCUGCAGAAGUAGCUGCUUUUAAAACCCUGUAGUCAAGAAGGCUGAGACCUCUUGCAGACUAUCUUUCCAGACAGCUGGGUUUCGGUAUGGGUCUUUGCUGGCAGACGCAACGGUGUUCAAAACUUAUAACUUUUUUACAUUGGCUAAUGGAGGUUAUUUAAGUCACCUGAUAAGCAGCUUGUCAGUUUCCUGUUUUAUUUGUGAUUGUCACAUACUUUAUGUGGAUUUGACUAAUAUAAAUCGACAAUGACGGCCAAGAUCAUGGGUUGAUCUGCUGUUUCCCUUAUAUCCUGGUGGCUUAAGCUUGGACAACAGAUCAGCGUCCUUUUCGGGCCCCUGUUUUUCUCCCAUUAGGAAAAGGGUUAUCUUUUAUAACCUUUGUCGAAAAAAGCUCUGCCUCAAAGACAAGUAGAACUAGGUCCGACAUGGGUAGGCAUUUCGGAUGCCAAGAAGCUUGGAGGCGUAAUCCUGCAUUUCUAUACUAAUUGUGGAUAGCGGGUUUAGACCUUGUUCAGCCUUUGGAGUUCACAGAUUAAUUUCACCCGCAGGGUUGACAGCCCUUCAUCCCUUUGGGGGUGAUGACUGGAUUACCAUUCAAUGGAGUCACUUAACACUCCCAGGAUGCAUUUGGGAACCAGUAUAUAUCUGAAUGUCUCUUGCCUAGCUUUUUAGUGGAACCUACUUGCAAUCACUGGUUUAGUUAAACAGGGCACCAUUUGCUCUUUUCAGAUCUGCCCAAUCCAUAAUCUUCCAAACAUCUCAUACUCUGUUUACAGAAACAGUGUUCCUGUUGGACUCAAGGAGUUUGAGAUAUGGUUCUGUGGGUUCCUCAGGAAUCUCCUGGUUAUCAAACUCGGAUCAUUCCUUUAAACCAGUUAUGAAUUUAAAUUAAUUGGUUCCUCUCCUGAGGUUCAGAAUUCCCUCAUAUCCCUAUUGCCGCCCCUCAAGAAGUUUUCUGAAAAUACGCCAUAAUAAGUGGAUUGAAAAGAUUUCAUUACACUUCAAAACACUCCCAUAACAGCAUAUUUUAGGGAACAAGGCAUUGCCUACUUGGUAAUUUGACUACUUAUUGCUAAUCAGGACUGUUGCCCUUUAGUAUGUUCAGGUAGCUAGCACAACGCUACAGCAACACGGUUGGAGACAAUAAUGUAUUUUCUUCUCCAGUAAACAUAGGAUUUUUUGAGGUUCGUGUUAACUUAACGUUACCUCUAAAUCUACUGCACUCUUAAAGGAAAGGUCCAAUUACUAAUAAAGCGAAAAUUCCUCCAUAAGGACAGGAAAUGAGAUUGAUUGGAUGUCUAACAUCUUCAAUUCCUGCGGUCACCUGGGCAAAAUCUGGAUUUGGCCGCUACAGUGGAAAAUUCUCUCCUCUGGGUCAAAGUGUGGACAUUUUGGAUUUCUGUCUCCUUGACUCUCUUCAAAAAAAAAAAGGGAAGCUGUCCUUUCUGCCCAUAGAAGGAGUAAUUUUCUCCACAGAAUGCAUCUAACACAGGCUGGGUCGCUCGUCUAAAUUCUCUAAUGUGCCAGCGUUCUUGGUCCUAAGAAAAAUAGUCCACUAAUUUCGGAGCUCUUAAGGCAGUUCUUCACUCCCCUCACAGAUUAAGAUCUUGGUUGAUUUGAGGGACCUAUUACAAUGCAGUCAGACCACGACACUGUUUCCCUCGCGUCAACAGACAGGGUGGUGCUAGAGGCAAGGUCUGUUUCAGCUAUGUACCAAAACGGUGUACUGGGCUCAGGAUCUCUGGGUGGUCCUCUCUCCAUUCCACUCAUGAUGUGUCGACAAUGUCAUCACCUGCAACCUCAGCACAAGAAAUUGGGAUCAAGAGUAAGGGUCUAUAGAUCCGAUCAUGUUCACGUUCUACAUAUGUUGUGCCUGGAUAAACUUUAUAGCAAAGGGGGAGAACAUGAAGAUUCUCAGGUUUGCCUCUCUGUACAAGACAGUUCACGUGAAAUAGUUGGUCUAUCUAUAUAAGGGUAUUUCUCCAGGGUUCAAUUUUUUUUCUCCUAUAGACUGUUCCCAAGACUACUUUAAAAGAGGUGAAUGGACAGAGCAGUGGUUCUGCCAAUCUUUCCAUACUGGCCAAAGACAAGCCAGUUUUCGGCCUUGGUGGAGAUUACUUUAAGUUUGGGGAUCUUCCGUUGUCUUUGGUAGACAUUAUAUCCUACUGAAAGUGAUGGAUAGGUUCCUUUUGACGGUAGGGCACUGCAUGGUGGAUCCUUCAUCUCCUGAGUCUUCAUGAGUCAGAGACCACUUGUUGCGUAUAAUCUUCUAGUCGUUCCGCCUCUAACUUUUUCAUGAGGAUUUGGGUAGAGUGUCUAAAUUGUUGUAAGGAACAUCAUUGUCUUCUAGUUCAUUUGUCCAGUUGGUUUAAAUUUACACUUCCUGCAGGAGAUUUUCACAGGUUGGGCGUUUCCACAUUAAGACCGAAGUUCUUUCUGAGAAGGGAUUGGUCUUCAUAUAUACUGGUUAGAAGUUUCUUUAAAGCAAUAGGCUUCUUGGGCCACCCAGGAAUUUCUGUUUCCCUCCUGGGGUCUGUCUUCAGUCUUACAGGUCCCCUUUUACUUUGGAGGUGGUUCCUUUUAAUAUGUGGAGAUGUACCUAUCAAUAUCAGCUGAAUUCAGAAGAUCAGAUCACCUGUUGUUAACUUCUAGGAAAGUUUUAAGGGCAAUGAAGCCUCUCAUAAUUCUAUUUCUCAUUAUUUCUAUUUCUCAUUAUUUUGUCUAUCAUAAUGACCUAUGCUUUGAUUCGCCAUUGUCUUUCCCAUCGCAUUCCACAAAGGCAAUGGCCGCUUUGUGGGCAGAGAAAAGCUCUUGCUUCACCUGAAGAAAUCAGCAUGGCUGCUGCUUGGUCAGCUUUUAGCACCUUAAAAAAACAUCAGGCAUUUUCAGGCUAGAUUUACUCUCUGCCUCUAAAAUUGCAUUAGGGCAUGGGUACUUCAAGCUGUUUAGGUAUAAGGCCCAUCCGAUUGGGAAUCUUGCUAUAUCCCAUACGUAUUGCCACCAUAUGUCAGAAAACUAUUUUUAUCUUAAUAUGGUGGCAGUACAAAUCUCCCUCCCUCUAAAUUACAAUUUUGCUUACAGUGUGUGGCUUAGGUGUGUAUUCUUGCUACAACUGAGGUGGGUUUGUCAGGGAAGCCCUUUAUAUGGGAAAGAGAAGGGACUGUUCUUAAUCACCUAUCCUUCAGAUGCUUGUCCCAAUUAAGAAGCAACCCAUAUGUACUGCCUCCAUAUUAAUAAGAAAAAAAAUUACGGUGUGUAAAAAUUUCUGUUUUCUGUCUGUUUCAGUAGUUGGGUAAAAGGAACAUUUACCACAACAACUACAGCUUAAUGUAGUUCUUUUUGUGUGUGUAGUCAGUCCCUGCAGGCUUUUUGCAGUAAACACUGUCUUUCCAGAGAAAAGGCAGUAUUUACAUUACAGCCUAGGGAUACCUCUACUGGCCACUCCUCAGAUGGCUAUUAGAGGUGCUUCUUGGGGCAGUGCUGCACACUGAGGAGCACUUAUCUGACAUUCACUGCAAUGAGACACUGAACUUUCCUCAUUACAGAUGCAUUGAAUCAAUGCUUCUCUAUGAGGAGAUGCUGAUUGGCCAGGGCAGCUUUUGGCUUUGUCCUUGGCUGAGAUUUGACAAUCUCAGUUAAUCUGAUGCUUUCCCAUGGGAAAACAUUGGGAUUGGUUAAGAUCAGCACUUCUGAUGAUGUCAGGAAAGGAGGCAGAGCCAGCACCAGCAAACUGGAAUAAAGGUAAGAUUAUGUUAUUUUUAGGGGGCAGAGGGGCUACAUCGUGAUUUUAAUACUAUAGGGUCAGUAAUACAGGUUUGUGUUCCUUACCCUAUAGUGUUCCUUUACAUUUUCUGACAGGUUUUGAUAAGAAGACUAGGAAUGUUCAUUCCUGAUCAUGAUUGAUACAUUGUCUAGAACACUGUGACAAGUUAUAAAGAACAAUGUAGUUUAAAGACUAGAGUCCUUACCCUUAUAUUCAGAAGCUGUUUGUGAACUAGAUUGUAAUUCAAGAUCGUUAGUGCUGAGUUGUACCAAAAAGCAUUUUCUUUUUGCUUAUCACUGCAUAAAAAUACUAUUUUCUCUUUGUACCCACUCUUAGUCUCAGGUUGCAUCAACCUCAGAGAAGGAAUUAACAUGUGUAACCACACCAUCAUUAACACUCAGACUGCCAACCCCAACUCCUCAGAAAUCCUUCACACUACAGGUAAGUGUGAUCAGAUAUAUAGAAGAAUUUUAAGAAAUGUAUAAAGAAUUGUGUAGCAUACUCAGAUAUAGGAAAUGUAUUUUGUGUGUAUGAUAAAUUACACAAAAUUAUACUAAUGGCUCUAAAACCCAAUCUUUGUCUCACAUAGAUUAUUACGUGCCACACAUACCUUAUUGGCUUCCCCCCCUUCUUCUUCAUAGAUAACUACGGAGCCCUCUGUGUAUAUUGAAGUGGAAAAUGAAAUUAGAGUAGUAGCUGGAUCCAAACUUAGCCGCCUCAAGUGUCUUCGGGAUGGAAAGGAGUGGGAGACGGUGCUCACUAGCAGAAUCAUGGCAGCAGCGGGCAGCAAGUUAGUGUUAUAUUGUAUAAAUUAUCUGACUAAAUCACAAAUCUAUCCUUUGAACGACGUGGUACUCUAGUGUAAAUCCAAAGACCCAAGUUACAAUUUAUGUAGCAGUAGUUGCUGCUAAUAUUUAACCCUGACAUUUGUUUAUUCUUUUUAAAAGUGAAAUUGCACAGCAUUCUACAUACGCAAGCUUUUAUUGGCUGGAUUUAAGGAAGUGUGGUUAAUUGGCGUUAUCUUUUCUGGGCACCAUAUUUUCUGAGCAGCCCGCUACACAUAUAAAACAGUAGCUACAACUUGCUUCUGAUUGAUAACAACAAGGCUUAGUAGUGUACUUUUUAUUUUUUAUUGCAUCUGUUCUUACUAAGCAGUGGUCACAUGUUAUCCUGCCAUGGCAUUUAAGGUUCUCUGUGUCCCAACUCAUGGCAGCCUCCCUGCCACUUCAUUGCUUUUGCGAAAUAGGCAAGUACAACACAGGCCACUGCUAAAAAUAACAUGACAAAGGUGGCUCCUUUUGGAAUCAUUCCACACAUACUUUUUUGUUUUGCGGUUAGCCUCACAACAUGCAAACAAGUAAUUUAAACUACCAUAGUUUGAUCUGUGGAAGGUGAUCGCGCUCCUGCAGAUAUUGUAAGAUCACUGCAUAUGUAGGCCAAUCAUUAAGCAAGAAAACGUGCAAACUUUUUAAACUUUUUUUUUUUUUUUUUUACCUCAUCAUACAGCAGGCCGAUCUAAAUACAAUAAGCAGGAAUACGGGCAACUAGUGAUUUAUAAAAUUGAUAUAUUUAAACAUGCUGUCCUUACUUUAGAGUAUAAACUUUGCUUAAUUGGGGGCUUUAUACCAUGCAUUAGACAGAAAUAGACGAUCAUGUUUCAUUUGUACUCCACAGUGAUGUGGUGUGUGUGGCCUGUGAGAAGCAGACAUUGUCCAUGUUUUCUGGAAGUGGAAGGAGAGUCUUUCCACCCAUCAUUCUUCCGUCUCCCAUUUCCAACCUGCAGUGCACGGGAUCUUAUGUUAUGGCUCUUACAGCUGCUGCUGCCCUGUCUGUCUGGUGAGUUUGCUAUUAUCACAGUCUCAUCUAGAACGGUUUUUCAUUUUUAGAUACUAACAUUGGUAUGCUUUGUGUAGAAUUGUAAGAAGAUUGUCUUGGACAGCACAUAAAAUCUAUCACUAAAAUCAUUUUUAUAAUGAAAAACGUCAAAAUCCAUUUUCUUAAAUUUGUCAUAUUUAAGGAUAGCAACUUAGGGAGCUAUCUACUAAACAAAUAUACAUGUAUAUACAUAAUCUAACGCACACACAUACAAUCAGACCUAUACACGCAGUCACAUACAUACAGACCCACACAUGAGUACAGUCACUGACCCAUAUACACACACAUAUAAUCUCAGGCCUAUACACAGACACACGCAAUCUCAGGCCUACACACACACACACACGCAAUCCCAGACCUAUACACACACACGCAAUCCCAAACCUAUACAAACACACACGCAAUCCCAAACCUAUACAAACACACACGCAAUUCCAAACCUAUACAAACACACACGCAAUUCCAAACCUAUACAAACACACACGCAAUCUCAAACCUAUACAAACACACAUGCAAUCCCAAACCUAUACAAACACGCACACGCAAUCCCAGACCUAUAAACACGCACACGCAAUCCCAGACCUAUAAACACGCGCACACGCAAUCCCAGACCUAUAAACACGCGCACACGCAAUCCCAGACCUAUAAACACGCGCACGCGCAAUCCCAGACCUAUAAACACGCAAGCGCAAUCCCAGACCUUUAUACGCACACAACUACGGACCCACACAUGCACAUACAAUCACAGACAAAACAUACACAAAAAUGUACAUUUGUACACUUAGUACUUUAAAGGUCUACUCAGCCUCCCUACCUUGCUCUGAGAGGACUGGAAUGAAUCCUCUGUCCCUGGUGGCCUGUGGUUGCUGCUGGGCUGGGAUCGAUCUCUGUUCGCUUCUUGCAAAGGUCCCCCACACCCGCCUGCCUAGCAGUGAUGUGAUGUGACAGUGCAGGGAUGACGUCCUAUCCCUGCAGCAGGCUCACUGCAGGGGGCACAAGGGAGCUGUCCAGGAGAAAAAAGGCAGAUCAAGUGCUACCUGUCUCCCUCGCCGCCCGGCAGCGAGGACGGCAACCGGGCCACACUGCUAGUGGUACUGGGCCAGGGGUUGGACACCGCUGCUUUAGAGGAACACAGAUGUCCAUUAUCAAUGGUAUUUUUUAGAUGUAGUAAAAUAUUUUGGUAAUACAGAAUAGAAGUUAGUUUGACAAAGUUCUGGUGUACAGUGGCGUAAUAGUGAUAUGAAAUGCCAUUUAUAGUAGUUAACCGCAGUUCCCCCCCGUUUAGGGACCCUAAUGUCUGUAUUUUAAUAAAUAGAAUGCUUGUAAGUGCAGCUACAAGCCACAACUUUAAACCAUCUUGGUAUGAGAGAAGGUACUGUUACUUCCUGGCUCUGAUACCCUAACAAACCAUAACAUCGCGUGUGCAUGUGCCAUGACAUCAUGGUCUGCCAUAAUAGAUCAUGGUAUUCAAUGUUUUUGUAUAGCUGAAUCAUAGGUGCAUUGCAGCAAGCCCUGCCCAUGCGUCUAUGGUCCCCAAUGCUCCUUUGUGAUUUUCCUUACUAUAACAAAUCAAUGUGUAUAUAUUAUUUGAAUUGUUGCUUUUUUAUUUCCUCAUCAGGGAUGUACAGAACCAAGUGGUUUUAAUAAAGAAUGAAUCUUUACAGCCCAUCUUAUCAGGUAAUUGGGUAAUGAUUUAUGUGUUUAUGCCAAAAUAUUUUCUGUAUUUUUGCAUUUCAAAAUGCACAACAUAUUAACAUGAAAUUUAUGAUUGCUCCAUCCAAUAUAGGAGAAGUUAACUGUGUUACUAAAAGUUUUUCUUUUUCCUUUUUUUUAUUUUUAUUUUGCAUUAAUUUAAGGGACACCAUACGCACUAACAACUUUAGUUUAACCCCUUAGUGACCAGACCGUUUUUCAAUUUUCUUACUAUUAAGGACCAGGGCUCUUUUUACAUUUCUGCAGUGUUUGUGUUUAGCUGUAAUUUUCCUCUUACUCAUUUACUGUACCCACACAUAUUAUAUACCGUUUUUCAUCGCCAUUAAAUCGUCUUUCUAAAAAUACCAUUAUUUUCAUUAUACCAUUAUAUUUCCAAACAAUUUUUUUUUUUCAAAAUUAACGCAAGUUACAUUGUAACAUUGAUAUCUGUCAGGAAUCCCUGAAUAACCCUUCACAUGUAUAUAUUUUUUAAAAGAAGCCAACCUAAGGCAUUGAACUUGGGGUAUUUAGACUCUUUUCAUGCAACCAUUUUACCACCAAUCUAUGCCAAAUUAAAAAAAAAUUGUGUUUUUUUUGACACACAUAGCAAUUUCAGAAUACAUGUACAGAGAACUUUAAGGGUUACUGCCAAAGAACACUCCAAUAUGUGUUCAGCAACAUCUCCUGAGUACAGUGAUACAAACCCAUGUAUAGGAGUGUCGGGUUCUCUGUGGACUAAAAGACCUUAUUUGGAGGGUGCACAUUCCAGUUUUCCAACUUGGAAUUUUCACAGCUGGUCAUCAUACACCCAUGUCCUAUUUGGGACAUUUUUGAAGCCAGCCAAUGUAAUUUACCCCCAUCAAACCAUAUAUUUCUGAAAGGGACAUACCCUAGGGUAUUUUAAAUGGUGGUAUUUUAACACUUCCCAUGCACUAAUUUUAUCACCAAUGCCUGAUGGCUUCCAAUGCUCUGCUGGGCAAACCAGAAGUGAAUGCUCCGGGGGCCACCGGCAGUGAGGGGGGGUAUUGCAGCGAUGCUGCAACAUCGAGGCAUCGCUGCAAUACCAUUAGAGCUGCUGGAAGCAAUCACGAUUGCUUCCAGCGUUCUGGACGUACCUGAUACGUCCUUGGUCGGGAAGGGGUUAAUGAAGGAGUUUUGGUGUAAAGAUGAUGCCCUUUUUUUCCUCACUGCUCAAGCUUCCGCCACUUAAACGCUAAAACACUCUGUUUGUAUAGCCCAAGUCAUACAUCCCUGCAUGUGACUUGCAUAGGUUUCCUAAAUACUUUCUAAUUUUCUUUAUUGCACAUGUUGUUUAAUUAAGAAUUUUUCAUCCACUGUUCUUUUAAUAGCAUCUAGACCCUACAGUAGCCUUCUACUUAUGACUACAUUUAAAGUUACAGAGCAGGAGAUUAAAACAUCUAAAGAAAGGUACCUCUGACCAUUAAACCAUUUUUUCUGCAUGCAGGCUGUGAGAGUCACAGUAGAUGUGGCUACAGUUGCAUAAACAGAAAUAAGUGAUUAAACUCCUAAAUGGCAGAGAAUUGAUCAGUAAAACUUCUGACGCCUGAUCUAUACACCAAAACUGCUUCAUGAAGCUAAAAUUAUUUUGAAAAGAUAUGGAAAAACUACUGAGUAUAAGUGCUCAAUAUCUAUAAUUAGCAGCAAAUUAUAGAUUUAUAGUGUUCUCUCCAUCCUUGUGAAGUGGGUAGUAAAGCUAACAGACAGGAGGUGAUCAGCGCUUAAAGGGACAUUCCAGGCACCCAGACCACUUCUUUCCAUUGGAGUGGUCUGGGUGCCAACUCCCACCACACUUAACCCUGCUAGUGUAAUUAUUGCAGUUUAUCAGACAGCCACUAGAGGGACAUCCGUGUUCUUGGAACACGAAAAGUGUUUUAAAUGACGCUAGAUGUCCUCACGCUCUGUGUGAGGACCUCCAGCGUCGCUGGAAUCCCCAUAGGAAAGCAUUGGCUGACGUCGGCGGGGGAGACGCGUGGACGGAGCCCGACCCAGCGCCGAGGGACAUCGGCGCUGGAUUCGGGAAGGUCACUGAAGGGGUUUUAACCCCUUCAUCAACAUUGGAUGGGGGGUGGGAGGGAGAGGGGCACUGGAGUAACCUGCAGUGCCAGGAAAACUGAUAUGUUUUCCUUUAAGAUUAUAUAUACAUACUUAUUUGUACUCCUUUCACAAACAUCUACUGUACUGCACCAUAAUCUGUUUCUUGCUUUGUACUUAUACAUUCAUAUACUAAGAAUAUCAUCUGUAUCAUAUGUAUAUUUAAUCUUAAGCGCUGAUCACCUCCUGUCUGUUGUCUUUAAAAUUGUUUUGAUGCCUAUAGGGUCUUUUUAAAGGACUGAAGGGGUUAAUAUAGUAUAAAUCUCCCUGGGUCAAAAAUAGAAGACACAUAAAGACCAGCAGUUUUUUCAUCAUAUGCCUAGUGCAAGUGUGUUGAAUUAUAUAACUACUGAUCCAGUAGGAACUGUGCAUGCGCUUAGAGUAACACUGCUUUUAGGAUUCCAGAUAAAUGGAAAAACUAGGUAGGGGGAUAAUAGGAGAGUUCCAAGUAAUAACCAGAAACGUAUGUGUUGCACUUUUCAGGGAAUGACAUGACCGUUUCACAGACCUUGCUGACCCAUAGAGGUGUGCCAGUGCUCAGCCUAUCCAACGGGAAAGCAUAUGCCUUCAAUUCAUCCCUAUCUGCGUGGUGAGAACUGCAUUAUCUUCUAAUCUUGUUUUCUUUUCAAAAACUGCCAGACUGAUUUGAAACUGCAUUAAGUGUCUAAUAUUGACAGAAGACAAAUUUGUUAAAAUGUGUGUCAAAGACAUACUUUGUUAUCUUUAGAUUUUUUAUUUUAUUGUGAAUUCCCAAGAUUACAUUGGAAACUGUUUACAGGCAAUAUGUUUUCUCUUGACCCCAUGCUGGAUUUUCUUUCUAGGAGUCUGGUGUCUGACAAACAGGAUGCCCUGUCACAAUGUGCAGAUUACCGGAACUGCUUAUCCUCACAGGAUGCCGUAAUGUGCCCUGGGCCGCUAGCCAUAAUCCAGGGACGAGCUUGCAAGUAAGGCCAUCAUAAAGAUUCCUAAACCAAUUCCAGGUGGCAUCAUUUGUAACAAGGAAGUCCAAAACCCAUUUUAAGCUGCCAUCCUUGAUAAUAUCCAUAAAAGACACCGAAUUAAAUUAUUUUUACCAUGUUUAUAUAAAAUCUUUUGAUUUGUGUAAAUGAAAGGAGAUGAAUAAAUAGGUUAUAGCAGAUAACCAUGAGGAUUAGGACACCAUGUCAGGGAAAGUAAGGCUACAAGUGUUCGUAUGAUUGUCACAAACUAGAUUAAGGGUUGCUGUUUAUUCUUACAGGACAGGAGGUCAAUUAACCACAUAUACUUCAUUCACAAGAAAGCAUAAUGAUCCUUGCAUCUCCAUAGAGAAUGCCAGAGCUCCUACGCAUGAAGGAUGCCAGACUUUUUUUUUUUUUUUUAUAUAUAAAUGUUCUGUGUUGCACUGGGACACUGAAGAAGAUUUGGCAAAGUUUGUUUUAUAGUCUAGAUAUAUAUUUUAAUCAGCUGAGCACAUUUCACCAAUGAUUGAGAUCCUGCUUCAUUCAUGCUUUGCUCUACAGAGACAUCUGGGUUCUCCUACUGGAGAAGACCAAAUGCACAGUGCAGUAUCAUGGCGAGACCCAUGUAAGUUGUCAAACCAUAAUAAAACGGUUUGACAUCAUACCAUGUGAUGUUGCCAGGGCACUCCUACCACAAUAAAUACUACAACGGGCUGUAGUGGUUAGGGUACUUGGAGUGUUCCUUUAACCCCUUAAGUUCUGGAAUAAAAGGGAAUCAUGACAUGUCAGACAUGUACUGUGUCCUUAAGAGGUUAAAGGCACCUGCCUAAUCCCAUGUGAUGUAGGUGAUUAAUAUUAUUUGUAAUUAGUCCCACACAGCUCUACAUGACUAUAUAUCUGAUUGGAAUAUGUUUGUUUGCAGUGCAGGCAGACAGGCUGCUCGCCUCUUCACAAUGCCUCACCAAGUGCAGCAAGAGACCACCAUGGCUCAUCUUGAGAACCAAAUUGCAGCUGCCCUUAUGUUGCAGUCUAGUCAGGAAUACAGAUACUGGCUCCUCGUCUAUGCACGGUACCUAGUAAAUGAAGGUAAGGCCUGGUGUGUGACAACCUAAUGUGUGUCGGAGACAACUGAAAUAACCUCUACAAAAUGUAAUUAAAAUAGAGAUCUACUUUUAUUUUGUGUCCCUUGCAUGUAAGAAAAUGUUUAUUUAAUCCCAUGUAGGUUUUGAACAACGGCUACGUGAAGUUUGUCAGGAAUUGCUGGGCCCUGUCCAUCGAUCUUCUGGAAGCCAGUGGGAAUCUAGAAUCUUGGUAAUUGUCAUGACAUCAGAGUGAUAUAAUUUGAUUCCAAUCCAUUGUCUAUUCAUAUAUUACAAUUUCAAACUGGUAAAGAAAGAGGCUUGUGUUGACUAAUAUGUAGCCACGAACUCUGUUUCUUUAAAUGUGUCUACGUUUGCUUACAAUUUUGCUCAUAAAUAAGUUAGACAGGACUGAGUACAAUAUUAUGAAAUUUAAAAGGUAAUGGCUUGAUGAUAACCUCUUCUCCAAAAGCAACUACAAUAUUUUUAGAGACUGCUCACAUGGUAAUUCUGAGUCCUAAGAGACACAUAUUAUUUGUUUUUGUUCCACUUUCAGCAUAUUUUGACACUAACAAUAAUUUGGUUUAAUAUUACUAUUUGCGAAAAUAAUAAUGGUCUUCUAUUUUUGACAGGGCUUACGAAAGAGGGAGCUACUUAAAGAACUACUCCCACUCAUUGGUCAAAAUCUGCGUUUUCAGCGACUCUUCACAGAGUUUCAGGAGCAGCUGGACAGUUUAAGGGACAAAUAGCAUUAUUUGGUUCAUAUUCAAUUCCUACUUUUCAUUGUUCUUUUUCUCCUUUGAGUGAAAGCCUGAUGGUUUGGAGAGGACCACAAGGCCACUUCAACUUUUUGGUGCUGAAGGAGACAUGCAUGGACAUGAGUUAACAAUACAGAAGCCACAGGCAUCUCACAGCCUCUGGCAGCUUGCUGAACAUCAAUUCAAGGCCCUGUAAUCUCUCUGUCUUAGUUUCUAUUGAAGCUGGGCUGGUUGUGAGGAAUCAUUAAAAAUUGAAUGAGAGUAUAUUGGCCAGAAUUUGCAAGAAAAGCACAGUACAUCCCUAAUACACUUGAAAAGCAUUGUCCUCACUCACCUUCCUAUUGUCAUCUAUUUUCCAGGCCGGACUCUAAAGCAGACCUUGCACUACUUGAGGGUAAACUUGACGACCAUACAUGAGAGCGUUGUCUAUAUUUCAUCCAAAAUUCACCUGUUGAAUACAAGAGGAAUGCAAGUCUAUGCUGCCCAUCAGACAUUUUUUUUUCUAUUCUGCUAGGCCAAUAAUCAAAACUACAUGUCUAUUGGAUGUAAGCUCUCAUACUGCUGCGCAAGAAAAAGAAACAAAGCCUAAGGCUUACUGUCCUCAUUCAGUUUUUAAUUUUUAAAUGUUUGUAAAAGACAGGGUUUUGUUUUUUGGGUUUUUUUUUUUUACUUUUUUUUUUUUUUCCAUUCCUUUUCUAACUACAGAAUAAAAAAAGUCAUUGGUCGUUUGCAGUCCAAUCUAUUUCUCUCUCUGGGAAACUGUAACAUAAAAUUUUAGAACUGAAAAAGCACCCUUAAGAUGAUUUCAAAAUGUAUUGUGUUAUAUAAAAUUUCAGAAAGAGAAAAAAAAUACUUUGUCAGUUGAAGCAUUUUACAGACUAUACAACUUGUAAUUAGUGGUACACAAAGUAAAUACAGAUAAUUAAGUUUUUAAACUUAAUUAUAUUCUGAAAGCUAUUCACUGAAGUGAGAAUUCAAGGUGAAUUCAAAGCAAAUUUUAAAUUUAAGAUGAAUGUAGCUGAACUAAAUUAAGAAAUCUGCUAUGUUUUCAGUUGUUACUCUGGCCUUUAAUUUUUACAUUUGCUUUGAAUGUUGAAUUCUCAAUCUAGUAAAUAACUGUGACAGGGCAGGUCUUAGUAUUUGUCUUAUCUUGCAUAUAAGAGUUAUAUGGGUGGUAUGGGUUACAUGUGGAAAAAAUGGCAUCACAAAUUGUUAAAAUGAGUUCACUAAUAAAGCAAAAAGUGGGAAUUGAUCCCCAUGUUUUAGUUCAUUAUACAGAUAAGAAAUUGGCUUUUAGACAUCCUAAAACCAUUGCAAUAGCAUGGGUGGUAGCUGGUGGACAUCUCCCUGACUAAAAAAGAUUAUCAACCAAUCCCAAGC